AUGGAUCUCAGUGCACACACACAUCGGGUGCCAAUUAUAGACAUCCCUGCGAACUCGUUCACUGCUUUCAAAAUCCGCUAUGACACAGCCACGGGGUUGAAUAGACGCACCACUAUCGAAUCCCUCGGCCCAAUACCAAAACAAUGGGUCGUCCAUAAGCAAUCGACAGUUUUGUCAGCCAUACACAAUAUCUCCAACAAGGGAAAUGCUUCUCAACGACGAUACAGCGAGAUGUUCGACCAUGUGGCUAGAAAUUUUGGGUUCAGAUCUACGGAGACACAGUCGAGCCCAACAAGCAGCACUUCUGAGGAAACCAGAUCUGUAGAUGCUACUCAGUCGUUGCACUCGGACGAGUCCACGGUCAACAACUCUUCUUCGACUGAGUAUCAAAACGAGCCGGUCUCGUCUUUACCAAUCAGAAAUCAUGCGGGUACAGAAGAUCACCCAUCGACCCCUUCACUGUACCGAUUUUACAACCGCAAAUCAAGCACUUACAGAGAACCUUCAAGGACUCUUGGGUGGUCCAAUGAUGAAUUCCUUGCAUUUCAGAAGAAAUUGACAUCAAGAGUGGGAUCUGGCUCUUUUAGACAAACGGCACCAAGAGAGUCUUCCUAUUCUUACAAUCGACUAUCAAACGAUAUCGACAGAGCCAGAAUUCUGGGCCAUGAGGCUCGCAAUAUAGGCUGGGGUUCCACUUCUUCUUCAACGGGUGCGUCGUUUGUCACUGCCAAUGAGUAUAUCCCAGAUCAAUCCAACGGGUUUGAUCCCAACCUGUCAGAAAGCGAACAAGCACAAACUUCAAACGAAACAACACUGGCUUCCGCAGACACGGUUAUAGAGCUACCGAAGCAAAACAAGGUGUCUUUGCCUGCUGCUCAUGUUGUGAAAUCUGUCACUUUCUCGCCUUCAAUCAAGAAAAAGAGUGCUAAAAACAAACCUAAUCCAUUCAAAGUUCAGAUGUUGGAACCUAAAGAACACAUUUCUGAGAACCAGAGAUCAAGCUCAAUACAACAUCAUUCUGUUUUUGGAGAUAUCUAUGAACAAGUCAACGAGGAAAUGGUGUCUAUCUUUCACAGGCUGCAGCACCGGACUGUCGGGGCACGCCAUCGGAUCAAUAGUGAAUACUCCAAAAUAGAUCAACGGCGUCGUUUGAAAAGAAUGUUCCAAGAGUUUUCGGCUGGAAACAUAGUGAAGAUGGAGAAGAUGUUGGUCACUGUAAUCAUGAACGAGACCAAUAGUGGAUCGGAAAGCUCUACAAGAGUGUUCGAGAAAUGGAAGGAGUAUAUCGUGGUGGCUCGAUCUACGGGCAAUCAUGAGUACCCUAUUAUUCUUCAAUUUUUCAAGAAGCGGAACAUCCUAUCUGUUGACUACAAUGGAAUUGAGCAAUUGGAUUCGGACGAUUCCUCAAGUGAAGACGAUGAUAUGAAGAAUGAAAGUAUAUCGACUUCAAACCAUCUGCAGUUUGACGUUCUAUUAUCCACCAAGGAUACAUGUGUCCGAUUCCGGAAUGUUUUGGAUAAAACAAUUUCCAUAUCCAAGCUUACGAAAAAACGGAGAAGCUUGGAGUAUAUUCUCUUACCCCAAACGCAGUCGUCUGCUAUUCGUUGGUUGAGCUUUUUUUCAACUAUACUGAAAGACCAUCCGAAAAAGAAGCACAAAACAAUGCUGUUGAAUAUACCGGAUAUUGACAUUUCGUUAACAGUUAAGAAUUUAGCACAUUACCUUACACCAGAGGACUUCCAGCUUCACGAUGGAGAGUUCAAGGUUGAAUAUUUAAACAUCGGGUACGGUGUCCCACGAAUCAACGCAUUUAACAAGCUUGUUGAUAUGAUUAUUUCUCAACUGUCAGCUGUGGAUAACAAAGCUGGACUUUCGGACAAAACUGCACAUUUUAUCCAAAAGGUUGCAAAUCAGAGGCAUCUUCUUGCUUUUGCUGCUAAGAAAUAUGAUCGUUUAGAAUGGAUUUUGGGAGAGAACGAAAAGCUUCUUCAGGCUGCAUGGAUGAUACUCAACGACACACAUGACAUUGAGUUACGUGAAAUCAAGCACGAGCCCCAUAUGCUUUCAAAUGAGCCUUUGCUUGAGCCAACUCCAAUUGAAGGAUUUCUUGCCCAAUUAUCAAAUAGAAAGGGCAAGACGCAGUCCACUUUUGGACGAAACUACUACAAAAUUAGAUAUUUCAGCACCUUCGACAACGUGCUAAUGUUUCAAGACUUCUAUAAUGCUGUUCCUGCAUUUCCUCAGCCAAUGAGAGAAGUCAUCAAUCCACUAGGCCAGGUUUUAGAUAAUGAUGUUUUGAAAGAUAGGAUUCACGAAAGACCCAUCAGAUUCAAGAAAAGUGCUUUUCCAUUGGAACCCGAGGAUCACACUCAUAUCUCAUGGCUGAAACCUGGUGUAACGCUUGAGGAAUUUCGAAAUCACGACAUGGAUGCUCUAUACGAUGCAGAACGUCGCGCAACAACCAUCAUGAAUUGCAAAAGCAUUGUCGAUCUGUGUAAUGUUUCAGAGAUUCGCAAUGUUACCAUCGAUGAUAUUCCUCAUAUGGUUCGACUUGCGGGCUCGGUUACUUGGGGCUGGGAACAAGGCCAUCUGGAUGACGAGCAAUUUGUUGAUUCGUGUUUUGAGCUUAUUUUGAAAACAGGUUCUCGAAUCCGUGUGCAGGCCUCUACUCAGAAGAUGCGAGACGAAUGGGUGUUUCGCCUGCAGCAGCUUGUUGAAUAUUGGACCAAACGAAAAGCUGAAGAUUUGGAUCGCGUGAUGGGUCUUCGAGAGAAAAACAUGCAGCUUGCAAAUCUACCUGAUGACAAGUACGAAUCGAUACUGACCGCUGAGGAAGAACCAAGCAAAUGGGAAUUAUCAAAGGCCACGUCGGACCCACUUAUAUAUAACAUUUCGUCGUGGUCUAUUGAUAAGCCACUGAUUAUGAGUGGACUACUAUACCAAAAACGGAAAAAGCACAAGAGCUUCAAGAAAUACUUUGUUCUGCUAUGCCCUGGUUUUUUGAAGCUAUUUGAGCUGUUUGAGAGAAGCGUGAAGUCGGGGACGGUGAAACCCACUGCAUAUUACAAGCAUUAUACGUCUAUCAGUCUUGCAAACUGCUAUGUGUUUUGUGACUCGACCAACGAUCUGAACAUUUCGGGUCAUGAUGCCACUUUGAGCAGAGUCAUUCCUGGAAGCCAUCUGGUUCCGCGUAUAUAUGCUGAUGGCUGGAUGAGCAGCGAGGAUGAGAACUCGCGUCAUUUUACUUUGUGGUUUGGAUCCAAGCGGGUGAUGCUGAAACAGAUGAACUUGCAUAACACGGUUAUCAGCGAUCUGGAUCACGAGAUGUAUCCGAAAGAUGGCCCAAUUCAGGAACCUGUCGACAAGAAGGUGACUAUGGAGGAUCGAGGCAAGAUGUUGAAAACUGUGUCACGACUGGGAGUUACGGGACGGAGCAUGGUUUUCCUUGCCAGAUCGCGUGUCGAGCGGGACCUUUGGGUCACCAAGAUGCUGAACGAGAUCGAGCGGUUCAAUUUUGGCGAUGAAGAAGAGAUCCAAUUGUCAUGA